AUGAAAGCAGAAUUCGUUAUCUCUCCUCCCUCCCACAUGUUCAAUCUUUUUUUAGCGGUUUUCCCAGAGAUCUUUAUCAUUAACGCAACCUUCAUUUUGCUCAUUCAUGGAGUUGUAUUUAGUACCUCUAAGAAAGAUUCUUAUCCACCGUUAGUCAGUAAUGUGGGUUGGCUUGGAUUACUUAGUGUUCUAAUAACCUUGCUUCUGCUCGCCGCUGGCGCACCUCUCUGCACUAUAGCCCUUUCUUUCUGGAAUCAUUUUUUUAGGAGGGACAAUUUGACAUAUUUCUGCCAAAUCCUUCUAUUAUUAAGUACGGCUGGUACCAUUUCGAUGUGUUUCGAUUUUUUCGAACAAGAGAGGUUUGAUGCUUUUGAAUUCAUUGUAUUAAUUCUACUUUCUACUUGCAGUAUGCUCUUAAUGAUCUCGGCUUAUGAUUUAAUUGCGAUGUAUUUAGCUAUUGAGCUUCAAAGUUUAUGUUUUUAUGUGAUCGCAGCAUCAAAAAGAAAGAAUGAAUUUUCCACAGAAGCCGGCUUGAAAUAUUUGAUCUUAGGUGCAUUUUCCUCUGGAAUAUUAUUGUUCGGGUGCGACUGGACUACUACCGAUCAAUUUUGUGAAACUUCUUUAUAGACUUGUAGAGACCCUCUAUGUAGUUCUUUGUCUAUCUAGGGCAAUCGAUCUACUUUCCCCAUAGCCCAUUAAAGCAUUAGAAGGGGCAAAUGAAUUCCAAGAGGCUACGCACCUUCAGAGUUCAUUAUCAUUUAGCCAUGAACGACUGCAGCUACUAUUCAUGGGAAUUAAGAGAGUGAAUUAGUUUACGCCAUUCACGGCUCAGCCGGUUCGGGGCGCAAGGCCAUUCGGAUUACUUAAGGCUAAGGGCUAUAUGCUUUAAGUAGUGCGAUAGUACAAAUAGUUUGCUCGCUCGAUCUCCUACGUGCGAAAGAGAAGAUACGGGAGAGGGCCGAGUGAGAACGUGUUGCUGGGAUCGCUUUACCGUAAUUUAGGUCCGAGUGAGAACGACGGCGAUAGCUCGAGCGUAUGCGAGAGGAUAUGUAAUAGCUCGACUAUAAGGGUAUAUAGAUAUUAAUCAAGUUAGGGGCGAAGAGCUGAACGAAAGGGAAGGGUAAGAUCAGUAUACGUUUUUCAUAGCCCCACCCUAAGUAAUCUCUAUAAAAAUACUGCUUCUGUCUUCUGCUGAGAGUAGUACACCAUUGUAGACCUCUUGCUGUAGAUCUUUCUACGUUUUGAAUCCAUUCACGUAAGCUAGCACCAAGUCGUUCAUGUAUCCAUGAACUCUUUCAAGACUAUAAUGGCUAUGAAAAACUACGAAAGAUGAAGUUGCUUGGGGCGAUUUAUUGUAUUGUGAUAACGACGCGCUCGACCAUAAGUACGAGGGGGUCCUAUGUCCCCUUGGUCUAAUUCCACGACGGAGAGUCGGCGUGGCGUAAAGUGAAGAUUGGGGGGAGUAGAGCUAAAUCCCCGUCUGGGGUAUUCCGAAGGUCUAACCUAGGCAACGAAAAAGGGGCCCGAUACUGAAACUAGAGGAGCGACCUGUUGGUUCACCAAAGCCCGACCCAGCGUCACACGUUCUCCAGGUCCGAAGGGAUCCAGUGCCCAACUACCGACUCCUCCCGGAAUAGCGUUCUCGGAGCCGAGCCAGGAAUAGCCGUUAGUGGACACCUACCUGUUUUCACCGGUUAGAGAGGCCCUCUUUAAUACAUUAAUUGAAUAUGUUCACUGGGGCCAGAAAGACUCGGUCAUAGGAAGACCAACCACCUACGCGCUGGUAAACGAAAACCACCUCGACCGGAUCAGAGAAAAAGAAGAAUGUCGAAUCAGGCCGCCCCGUCGAAAGAAUUAAGACGCAGGCCACCAGCUUUCCUCCGGGGAGAUCCGCUGCUUACUGCUCACUCCAA